AUGAAUACUAACUCUUAUCAAUCUGCUAAUCCCUACAGCAACAUCCCGAAUCCUUUUCAAUCAAACCCAACCUCUAAUUAUCAAAAUCCUUCACAAUUCCAAGCCACACCAAAUCCAUUUAGUACCUCAAUGCCAUCUUCUUACAGUGCUUAUCAAGCUCAACCUCCUAUAACAAGUUCUUCUCAAAGCAGGAGUUUUCCUUCAUUCCAGCCAGCCUCUACACUUCAAAACAAUCCAAUGACAACACAAUCCUCAAUUUAUGGACAAACUUCUACUCCUAUGGGCUAUUCCCAGGCUUUCCAAAUGCAGGGGAGUUCCAAUACAAUGGGCCAAAACAGAGUUGGAUUUAACUUGCCAGCUUCUAGCACCCCUCAAAACAUUUAUGGGACGGUAAAUAAUUCUAUGAGUUUUGGUAAUAAUAAUCAAUUUGGAAAUUACCCGAAAUAUAAAGCAACGCAGAUAAAGGAAGAUCUAGUUGCAAUUAACAUAACAAAUAUAAUUGGAAUGCAAGAAUACGGCCAUAAGUCAGUAGAAGAGCUUAGAUUUGAAGACAAAAAAAAGUAUCCGAAUGGUGUGCCGAUGGGAGGAAGUAAUCUAAUGCAAACAUCAGCUCUUAGAACGAGCAGUCCUUUUGGAGUCAAUUCGACUCAAACAUCGAAUACUGCAUCAGCUUAUAAUAAACCAUUUGGCGCCUCAACAUGACCCCCUCAGAGUUCAUCUUUUGUUCCGUCCCAAAUAGGAGCAACAGCUUCAUCACAGCCUUUUCAGGUCUCAAAUGGGCCUUUUUCAACUGGGCAUACUCCUUUUCAGAGCUCACAGCCCUUUUCUCAAGGAAUGACAUCACCAUUUCAAACAUCCCAGCAGCAGAAUUUUCAAACAUUCCAGCCUGCAAAUACCUUAGGUGCAAUGCCUUUUCAAAUGUCUCAGGCUCCUUUUCAAUCAUCCCAGUCCUUUCAGGUAAAACCAAACUUUCCACCUGCUUCGACCACACCAACCCAAUCUUUUUCAUCAAAUCCUCAGCAAUUUCAAACUUCUCCAUUUUUUCAAUCUCAGCCUCUACAAAAUAAUUCUUUAAUUCAGCCAUGGCCAGCAACUGUAUCUCAACCAUUUCAACCCAAUCCUACAUAUUCGGCUCCACAAACUACUACUUCGAACCAAUUUGCUGCAUUAGCUCAGCCUUUUCAGAAUUUCCAGCCUGCUCUUCAAGCUUUUCAAAAUACUUUUCAGCCAAAACCUUUAAUUGCUCCUAAUAGCCAAAGCCUGCUUUCUGCUAAUUCAAGCUCAAUGCCGAUGAGCUCAGCUUUUCAAUUAAAUGCAAACACUUCCCUAAUACCUCCACCAGUACUGCCUUCAUCAAAUUUUUUAUUGCCAAACCAAACUUUAAGCUCUACAUCUUUUAAUCCAGUUACUCCAUUAUUAUCAAGCCCCACCCAGCCUGGCUCUCUUUUCCAAACCUCAAAUCAGCCUACCUUUACACCUGCCCAAAUUACUGCGCAAUCACUAUUUGGAGGAUAUUCUCCAACAAAUAGGAAAACUGAGACUAUUUCCUCACAAAUUGAGCGCAUUGCGUCUCCAAAAUUUGAAAAUAAAUCAAUAAGAAGAUUUGAGAGGAAGAUUGGGAACUCAGGAUGGGAUGAUUGAAGAUUAAACCAAACCCCAAAAUCUCCUGAUAUUUCCUGCUUGAUAAAAAGACCUAGUUUUGCAAACUUAAAGUUAGAGCCAUAUAAAGAAGAAGAUGUUUCCAAACUAGACCCGGCUCCUUCACCAGUAAACAGAGGCCGAUCAUUUGAAAUAGAAGCAGUCUUGCAUAAUCCUAAUCCAACUCACAUUAAAAUUCCGACACAUAAGAAUAUGCUGAUUAACGACAUCAAGACUUAUAUUUUAAGACAGAUUAAAAUCCCACAAAACUCAAUAGUGCAGCUUGUCUUUAAGUCGACCGUUGCACAAGAAGAUGAUACGAUAGGAUCUUUAGGAGUUUCCCAUGGGGAUAUUAUAAAUAUUGUAAUAGCUGAGGAAGGGCCAAGCAAGUCUGAAAUGGUUUCAAAAGAGAUGCUUCCGAAGCUGACUAAUGAAGAAUACACUAUUUCUCCAUCUAUGAUAGAACUCGCAAGAAUGACAAAAGAUGAAAUCACUAGAGUAAAAGAUUUUACAAUAGAAAAUUCGUAUGGAAAAAUUAUUUUUGAGGGUGAAACCAAUCUGAUAGGAGUUGAUCUUGACCAAAUUAUCAAAAUUGGAUAUCGCGAAGCAAUAAUUUAUCCUGAUGACUCUGACUCCCCCCUUUAAAUUGGAACAAAAUAUAGGUAAAAUUUCCACUUUUUUGGUAAAUUAACCCCCCUUUAAAUUGGAACAAAAUUUAAUUUUAUAAUAAAAAAUUUUAUAUACAGAAAUCAUAAUUUUUAUGUAAAAAGUUUUGAUAUAAGUUAAAUGUUUCUUCUUAACUAAAAUUAAAAAUUUAGUUAUAUCUUGCUCUUGUUUAAAGAAGAGAGUAUAAAGAGCAUCUUAUUUGAAUAAAUUUAUUAUCCUUAAUUGAUAAAUUUUAAAAAAAAAAAAAAAAAAUUUCAAAAAGAUUUUUAUUGUUUUUGAUAAAAAUGAUAUAGUCAGUGUCACUAACUAUAUUUUUUAAUAAAAUAAUUUUGAUAUAAAUUCAAUGCGAAUUCUUUACAAAAAUUCAAAAUUUACUUAUUUCUUGCUUUAUUUUAAAGAAUAAAGUAUAAAUGACAUCUCAUUUAAACAAAAUUAGCACUUUGAUCGAUAAAUUUUCUAAAAUUUUUUUUUAUCAAUAAAAAUAAUAAUUUUUGUGUAAAUAGUUUUGAUAUCAAUUAAUAGUGGCGUAAUAACUAAUAAUGAAAAUUUAGUUAUAUCUUGCUUUAUUUUAAAGGAUAAAGAAUAAAUGGCAUUUUAUUAAACAAAUUUAUUAAUCUAAUUCGAUAAAUUUUUGAAAAAUUUUUUUUUUUAAAUUUUUAUAUAAUUUUUUUUUAUUUUUAAAAAAAAUGUUUUAAACCCCCCUUUAAAUUGGAACAAAAUUUUUGGUUCCAAUUUAAAGGGGGGGGAGUGAAAAUCAAAAGCCGAAAGUAGGGGAAGAACUAAAUAAAUCUGCAACAAUCAUGCUUUACAAAUGUGCUCCAGAUCGCGAAUCUGAAGAGAAAUUUGUAGAGAAGCUGAAGAAAUCUUGCUUGAGAAACCGAACUCAAUAUAUUGGUUGGGAUAAAGAAACUCAAAUAUACACAUUCAAAAUUAACGGUUAA